UUGUUAUCUCCACGCAUUGUCUUCCUGGAGCCGUCAUCGGCGCGGAGGCUCGUCGAGGGAAAGAUGUCCUCGCUGCUGAAGCCGUUUUCGGUGCGGGACGGCCCCUGUGAGAGCCGCGCUGCCCGGAGAGGAGGCCCCGGCCCGGCCGGACAUCAGCCGGCUCCACCCCGGCAACUGGCCUCCGGGGGGCCGAGCUCCCAGCCGGCCCACCGGGGGACCUACGCGGCGAGGAGGACCCUGGCGGCGGCUGCAGUCGGAGGGAGGAAAAUCACUCAUCCCGGGAAGGCCAUCCUCGCAGGUGGCAUAGCAGGGGGAAUAGAGAUCUGCAUCACCUUCCCCACAGAGUACGUGAAGACCCAGCUGCAGCUGGACGGGAGAGCCAACCCUCCGCGGUACAGAGGGAUCGGUGACUGCGUGAAGCUGACCGUGCAGGACCAUGGCCUGAGAGGGCUGUACCGAGGCCUCAGCUCCCUGCUCUACGGGUCAAUACCAAAGUCUGCUGUGAGGUUUGGCACGUUCGAGAUCCUCAGCAAUCCCAUGCGGGACGCCACAGGUCGCCUUGACAACACGCGGAGCCUCUUGUGUGGUUUAGGUGCAGGGAUAGCUGAGGCCAUUGUGGUGGUGUGUCCCAUGGAGACUUUAAAGGUGAAGCUGAUCCAUGACCAGUGCUCCCUCCGACCUCGCUACAGAGGUUUCUUUCAUGGAGUCAGUGAGAUUAUCAGAGAACAGGGCGUGAGGGGGACAUAUCAGGGUCUGACGGCCACUGUACUUAAACAAGGAACCAAUCAGGCCAUCCGAUUCUAUGUUAUGAACGCGCUGCGGAACUGGUAUAAAGGUGACGAUCCCAGAAAAGAGAUGCACCCCAUCGUCACGGCGAUGUUUGGGGCCACGGCCGGAGCAGCCAGCGUUUUUGGGAAUACGCCUCUAGACGUGGUCAAGACCAGGAUGCAGGGUUUGGAGGCCAAUCGAUACAAGCACACAAUGGACUGUGCCUUCCAGAUCCUGAAGCAGGAAGGCCCCCAGGCGUUCUACAAAGGCACAGUUCCCCGCCUCGGCCGCGUGUGCUUGGACGUGGCCAUAGUCUUCGUUAUCUACGAGGAGGUAUUCAAACUACUCAACAACGUGUGGAAGACGCAGUAG